AUGUCUUGCGCCAUUGGCGUUUCCCUAACCUCUCAAAAACCCAACCCAUUUGUUUGCGCUUCUAAGAUUUCUGCAACUUCUACUAAUUCACCCUUUUGGAAUAGCUUCAGACCAUUUCCUCUGUUACUUUCUUCUUCUUUAGCGGGCCAAUGUCAGUUGGCAUGGGUUGAGCAAAAAAUUAGACCCUUUUCGAGUAAAUGCAGAAACAGAUUUGAAUUUUAUGCAUUAUCUUCAUAUUCGGAGGGAUGUAAUUGGGUAAGGGUUGAUACUGAGAAUGAUCAGAAUUUGGAGGUUGGAGAUGAGUUUAUUGUGGUGAAUUUCUACCAUUUAGUCUUUAUUGAGGAUCCUGAAGAAGAAGUGUCCAAACAUCUGUCCUUCAUUCAGGGUCGUAAUAUACAUGGACGAAUUUACCUGAAUGAACAAGGGAUCAAUGCACAGUACAGUGGACCAAGCAAAGAUGCUAUUGCAUAUCUUAACUGGGUUAAAGAGGACAACAGAUUUUCAGAUAUACUGGUUCAGAUCUCACCAGCUCCAAAUGGCCAUGCGUUUCCCAGGUUGAAGCUUCGCUAUAAGCCUUCACUUGUGCAGUUGGGGGAAGGAUUUUCACAACUUCCAUUACUUGAGCCUUCAGUCCGUGCAAUACCUCUCACACCUAGCCAGUGGAGAAAUAGAUUGGAGGCAAUGAAAGAGGUCCAGAAUUCUUCAGAUAGUGUUCAAAACUGUAUACUUCUUGAUGUGAGAAAUGGUUAUGAAUGGGACGUUGGUCACUUUCAUGGUGCGCAAAGACCUGAUGUGGACUGCUUCAGGAGCACUUCUUUCGGGUCAUCUGAGUCACAGGUGUGUGCAUCAGAUCCUUUAGCUACUGUGGACAAAGAGAAAACAGAUAUACUGAUGUACUGUACUGGAGGUAUCCGAUGUGAUGUUUACUCUGUAAUCCUUAGACAAAGAGGCUUCAAAAGAUUGUAUACACUGAAAGGAGGCGUUUCUCACUAUCUCAAGAAUGAAGGAUCAGUGGGAUGGGUUGGAAACUUAUUUGUUUUUGAUUCUCGCCUUGCUUUACCUCCUUCUACAUACAAACCCAACUUAGAGACCGAAGCAAGCAGAUCAGAAGUUCCCCAGGAUCAUUCAUUUGCAAAAUGUUACAUAUGUGGAUCCAUUGUGUCAGAACUGAAGCAUCGGAACUGUGCAAACCUUGAUUGCAACCUUCUUUUCCUAUGCUGCAUGGCCUGUGUUGAGCAGUUACAAGGAUGCUGCUGUAUGAAAUGCACAUCUGCCUCUCGGCUUAGACCAGUGCUACCAGGACACCAGAGAUACCAGAAGUGGCAUAAUUAUCGAGAUUUGGAGUUAGAGACGACGAUAAAGACUUCAUAA